CUUGGAAUGGAAAUAUCAGAUGUUGCGGCUCGUGUGGUUAUGGAGUAUCUCCGCCCUUCCUCUGAACGUGUCCGCGGCACUGCUAUUUAUUCUUUCAUUCCACCACUAUUCGGUAACGAAAUUGUCGAAACAUUAUGCGGUGUCAUCUACGGGCUCUGGAUUGAGUUUGGAAUUGUCGCAGUUGGAACAUUUAUCGGUGAGAGCAAGUAAGCUCCUCCUGAAGUGAAGGUACUUCGAAUUACUUAUGAUAGUUGGCAACUGGGUUUUGUUCAAAUAAUUCGCAAACUGGAGCGAACGAACCUGAAUUCUGGGGCGAUGGCUCGUGUAGUACGCGAUAGAGGUUUCUGGAUUAUUCUCAUAAUCUGCAUCUCAGCCAUGCCGCCACAUUUCAGAGUUGUUGUGUUCUCCACAUACGAUGUCAAGUUCUACCACUUUCUUAUCUCUACCCUCCU